UUGUGGAGAUUUCCCUAUCUUUGCUAUGAUAAUGGUGGAGGCGCUUUCUUGAUCCCCUACCUGAUUUUCCUAUUUAUUUGUGGUAUACCUAUGAUCGCUAUGGAAAUGUCUAUUGGUCAAUGCUUUCGUAGUGGUCCUACGACGGCAUAUAAAAAGAUUUGUCCUCUAUUUGGAGGUAGGAUUGGAUAUGCCCAGUUAUUGUCAACGUUUCUCUCUGGGAUAAACUAUGUCGUUAUUUUCGCUUGGGUAUUAUUCUUUGCAAUCGCCAGCUUUAUCAAUCCAUUGCCGUGGACUACUUGUGGAAAUAGCUGGAAUACUAACAGUUGUUUCGUUAGAAAUGGUUCAGAGACGAAUAUGUCGGGAACUUCCCCCUCUCAAGAAUUUUUUAAGUAA